GUGUGUGUAUGUACACGCACGCGCAUUCUACGGUCAUUAUGACGCAUCAAGGCGCUCGAACGCAACAGUUGGUAGAAGUUUGGAAUACUGGGUCUCCAUUUCAGUUCUCAUUUUAUUCCCUGAUCACUCAGUGAAUAUAACUCAGUACAAGUGAAGAAAAACGACGCUAUUUUCCUCACACAGUGAAGAUAACUUAUUGUUUCUAUCACAGAUCUGCAGAAAACACACCGAUCAUGCCACGAAGAAGCUCUCGAUUGAUAUCCAUGGGACAUUACAACAGCGAGGGAGAACGGACAAUUUCCUAUAAGGAGACCCUCUACAGGGUUUUCCCGCGGCGGAGGUUUCGACGUGGGAUUCGUCUGGUUGGGAGAAAGACCAUCAUCUUCGGCGACGGCAUCAGCAAGAACAUCAGCAACAGCAACAUCAUCAGCGAGAGCAACUGCAGCAGCAGGGUCUGCAUCAUUGGCUAUUUCUUCUUGAUGCUAUUCCUGUGUUUUGGAUUUGCAUGCUUGAUUCCUACUCUGGGCCGCACCUUUCUGGAUUCAGGGCGGUCAGAAUCACCUUACUCACCUCUCAUCGUGGACACGGAUUCAUAUGUAGAUUAUGAAGAGAUAUCAAGGCACCUAACAGAGCUAGAGAACAGGCUGCUGAAGUUACAGAGGAAGAUGAACUUCUUAACCCUAUCAGCAGAUGCUUGGCCCAACUUCGCCCUGGAGUCACAAGGAGCCAGUGUUGUAUAUCAUCUGUCUUCAAAAACAUACUCGAUAGAGAAACCACAUCUGACAUUUUUUGGGAUACCUAUCUGGCGUCCACCUGUAAGCCCAAGGACUGUCAUCCAGGGACACUCGCAUCUGGUUCCAGGUAGAUGCUGGGCCUUUGCAGGUGGGCGGGGACAUUUAUUCAUCGCCCUAUCCCACCCAGUGACCAUCAGCCAUGUGUCACUGGGUCACAUUAGCAAGAGCAUGUCCCCAACUGGCUCCAUUUUCAGUGCCCCAAAGGAGUUUUCUGUCCAUGGAAUGGAGACCUUAGAUGACGAAGGAACGCACCUAGGAACCUUUCUUUAUGAUGAGGAUGGGGACCAACUACAGACCUUCAAACUGCUGGAUCAUAAUGGUGUCUACAAGUUCGUGAGGCUGGAAGUCCAGAGCAACUGGGGCCAUCCGGAAUACUCCUGUCUGUACAGCUUUAGGGUCCAUGGGAUGGUGGCAGACUGAAGACGGAAA